UAUCAGGUAAACAUCCACAUGCAGGCCCAACACCAGCCCUCCCAUUUCUUCACUUCCCGGUGAAACACGAAUUAAAGAAGCGGAUGUUCCUGGUGGAAGAGUGCCGUGCCCAAGCUGAGCUCACAGGCUGGGAGACACAGUCCAGGGACACAGCCACAUUCUCAGGACAGAGCCCUGAAGCCCAGUAUAAAUGAGACUCCGGGGGCGCACGAAGAGUCACAACGCUCUCCAACGCCAAAAGGCCCGCGCCGAGAUGUGGAAAGCAGUGUUGCUGGCCGUUUGCCUGUUGGUGUCCAGCGUGCAGGCCUUGGAGGGGAACCCCACGUAUGGGGUCAAGCUGUGUGGCCGCGAGUUCAUACGAGCAGUCAUAUUCACCUGCGGGGGUUCACGGUGGAGACGGGCAGUGAGGGGUGCAAGUGACCUUGCGCAGGACCCUUUCUCAACCCAUGAUGACGAGGCCUCUGACAGCUGGAGCACAGACUCCAUCCCUGGACUUUCCUACCCGCAGCUGCCCGAGAUGGAGGCCCCAGGUUGGGCCAGAGACGGGCGCGAGGGGGCCUUGCUCAGCCGGUCGGCGCGUUCCCUCAUGUCUGAGGAGGUGCUGGAGGCCCUGCGGACCUCGGACAGGAAAGGCCGUGACGUGGUGGUGGGGCUGUCCAACGCCUGCUGCAAGUGGGGCUGCAGCAAGAGUGAGAUCAGCUCGCUGUGCUGAGAAGAAGUCCCUUGCUCUCGCUCUCUCAUCCUUUCUUUCCUUCUGCCCGAUCCCUCCUGUCUUUGAGGAGCGACACACGCCCUCUGAGCAGAUAUAAAUAUUAUCUUCUCCCAUCUUGCUCUGCCUGUAUGAGGAAGGAAAUGAGCAUUCCAUUAGGAAGGAAGGUCUUGCUGUUAGUCCCCUCCCCCCAUGCUCUGGUGAGAACAAUGCUGAUACCACAGUAUGUUAAUUGUUGAUCAAAUUUUAAUAAAGCAGUUUUUUUGGGAAUUGUAUGUUUAUAGUUGUUGUGUGUCUAUAAUAAAAAAAAAUGCAAGUUUGUCUAACA